AUGACAGGGGCAAAGAGGAAAAAGAAAAACGUGCUCUGGAGCAAGGUGCAUAGCCCUCAGUGUGAAGACAUUAAACAGUGGUGCAGAAGGCGGCUACCUAUUUUGGAAUGGGCACCACGCUACAACCUGAAGGAAAACCUGCUCCCAGAUACCGUAUCUGGGAUAAUGUUGGCAGUUCAACAGGUGACACAAGGGUUGGCCUUUGCUAUUCUCUCAUCUGUGCACCCAGUGUUUGGUUUAUAUGGGUCUCUAUUUCCUGCCGUCAUUUAUGCCAUAUUUGGAAUGGGACAACACGUUGCCACAGGCACCUUUGCCCUCACAUCCUUAAUAUCAGCCAAUGCGGUGGAACGGCUCGUUCCUCAGAGCAACCGGAACCUCACCACACAGAGUAACUCAAGUGUGCUGGGCUUAUCCGACUUUGAGUUGCAGAGGAUCAGCGUGGCUGCAGCGGUUUCGUUCUUGGGAGGUAUAAUCCAGGUGACCAUGUUUGUGCUGCAACUGGGCAGUGCCACGUUUCUGCUUACAGAACCUGUGAUCAGCGCAAUGACGACGGGGGCUGCCACUCAUGUAGUGACUUCACAAGUCAAGUAUCUCUUGGGAAUGAAAAUACCAUAUAUAUCUGGACCACUUGGAUUCUUUUAUAUUUAUGCAUAUGUCUUUGAAAACAUCAAAUCUGUUCGACUGGAAGCACUGCUCUUCUCCUUGCUGAGCAUCGUGGUCCUUGUUCUUGUUAAAGAGCUGAAUGAACAGUUUAAAAGGAAAAUUAAAGUUGUUCUUCCUGUCGACUUAGUUUUGAUUAUUGCUGCAUCAUUUGCCUGUUAUUGUACCAAUAUGGAAAACACAUAUGGAUUGGAAGUAGUUGGUCACAUUCCAAGAGGAAUUCCUCCCCCUAGAGCUCCACCAAUGAACAUUCUGUCGGCAGUCAUCACUGAAGCCUUUGGAGUGGCACUUGUAGGCUAUGCGGCCUCGCUGGCUCUUGCUCAGGGAUCUGCCAAAAAAUUCAAAUAUUCAAUCGAUGACAACCAGGAAUUUUUGGCCCAUGGACUCAGCAAUGUGAUUUCUUCGUUUCUCUUCUGCAUCCCAAGUGCUGCUGCCAUGGGAAGGACCGCUGUCCUGUACAGCACAGGGGCGAAGACACAGGUGGCUUGUCUAAUAUCUUGCAUUUUCGUCCUUAUAGUCAUCUAUGCAAUAGGACCUUUGCUUUAUUGGCUGCCUAUGUGUGUUCUUGCAAGUAUUAUUGUUGUGGGACUGAAAGGAAUGCUAAUACAGUUCCGGGAUUUAAAAAAGUACUGGAAUGUGGAUAAAAUUGAUUGGGGUAUCUGGGUUAGUACAUAUGUGUUUACAAUCUGCUUUGCUGCCAAUGUGGGACUGUUGUUUGGUGUUGUCUGUACCAUAGCUAUAGUGAUAGGACGCUUCCCAAGGUCAAUGACUCUAAGCAUAAAAAACAUGAAAGAAAUGGAAUUUAAGGUGAAGACAGAAAUAGAUGAAGAAAUGCUGCAGCAGGUGAAAAUCAUCUCAGUAAACAACCCACUUGUUUUCCUUAAUGCCAAGAAAUUUCGUACUGAUGUAAUGAACAUCAUCCAAAAGGAAAAUGUCAACAGCCAGGCACUUGAUGAUAUCAGCAAGUGUGAACAAAAUACGUUGCUCAAUUCUCUCUCCAAUGGCAACUGCAAUGAAGAAGCUUCGCAGCGCUGCACUAGUGAGAAGUAUUCAUUAAUCCUGGAUUGCAGUGGAUUGACCUUUUUUGACUCUUCUUCAGUCUCCAUGCUGGUUGAGAUUUACAUGGACUGUAAGAGCAGGAGUGUGGAUGUAUCAUUAGCCAAUUGCACAGCUUCCUUGAUUAAAGCAAUGAAGUACUAUGGAAACCUAGACUCAGAGAAACCAAUUUUUUUUGAAUCAGUGUCUGCUGCAAUAAGUAACAGCUAUUCAAAUAAGAAUUUGAACAAACUCUGUGACCACAGUGAACUCUGA